UGGUUGAGUAAUAAAUUGCUUAGAUUUAAAAGUGUCCGCAAGGGGUUGAGGGUAAUAGUUUCCGACACACCAUGUUCACCAAGGUUCCUCUCUGUAUACAGAAGAAAUUGAAGAAAAAAAACCAAGGAAGUGGCCAGAUGGGGAAUUUGAGUCUGUCACUAGGAUAGAGUGCUCUGAAGAUUGGCAGGAGAGGAUGCUGCUCUUUGCCAGAGCAAGGAACAAUGGGACACAGAGAGCCCCAGUGACCCAAGACCAAGCCAGUUGUUGGGUACUUGGAAAACGAGAAGAAAUAUGUGCAUCAUCUGCACCGCUGACUUUGCAAGAUAGCAGAGGAGAAAAGUAACACAUUGAAGCUUGAUCAAUACAUUUCAGGAACUCAACAGCCAAAAUAUUAGUACUAACCUUGUGGUGAAAAGAUGAACUUCCUGUCAACCUUUGUGACAUUUGAGAACCUCCAUGAGGUUCGGAGAUUGUGCCACUGGGGUCCAGUCAUAGCCCUGUCUGUCAUUGCUAUAUGCUCCACUAUGGCAAUUCUGGACUCCAUUAUCUGGUACUGGCCUCUCAACACUACAGGAGGCAGCAUUAACUUCAUCAUGCUCAUCAACUGGACUGUCCUCAUCCUCUACAACUACUUCAAUGCUAUGUUUGUCGGACCUGGAUACAUCCCUCUUGGCUGGAAACCAGAGAAUCAACAGGAAACCCAGUACCUACAGUACUGCAGAGUCUGCCAAGGGUACAAGCCCCCCAGAUCCCACCAUUGUCGCAAGUGUAACAGGUGCGUGAUGAAGAUGGAUCACCACUGCCCCUGGAUCAACAACUGCUGCGGCCACUUGAACCAUGCCUACUUCACCAGCUUCCUGCUGCUGGCUCCACUUGGCUGCUCACACGCUGCCAUCAUCUUCAUUAUGACCAUGUACACGCAGCUGUAUGAGAGGAUAUCAUUUGGCUGGAGCACUGUGAAGAUUGACAUGAGUGCUGUGCGUCAAUUCCAGCCCCUCAUGCCCUUCAGUGUGCCUGCCUUUGCUGCCACACUCUUCGCCUUAGGCUUAGCACUGGGCACCACUAUUGCCGUUGGCAUGCUUUUCUUCAUACAGAUGAAAGUCAUCCUUCGAAAUAAGACCUCGAUCGAGUCCUGGAUCGAGGAAAAGGCCAAAGACAGAAUACAGCACUACCAAACAGGGGAGGAGUUCACCUUCCCAUAUGACCUCGGCAGCCGCUGGCUGAACUUCAAGCAAGUCUUUACGUGGUCAGGGACGCCCAAGGGUGAUGGCCUUGAAUGGCCUGUCCAUCCCAAGUGUCACCAGCACACCUUAACUAUUGAGCAACUGAAGCAGAAAGCUGAUAAACGAGUGAGAAGUCAGGUCCAGUACCGGGCAGUGGACGACUAUAAUGGAGCUUGUUGCCCUCUGAGCAAAGGUCUCCAAACCUUUUUCAGAACACCCUGCACCGAGGAGCCCAGGAUCCCCCUCAGCAAGGGGGACACCAUCCUGGCCACUCGUGGCACCAAAUGGUGGAUGUAUGGAGACAAAGCUCUGAAUGAGGAGCAAAUGAGAGCGGGGGAGCGUGUACGAGGAUGGUUUCCAAGGCGAUGUGUGGAGAAGUGCCAUUAUGACACAGCUGCCAGUGAUAGCACCAGCGAUAAGAAAGUAAAUUAAUAUAUUUGAACAGGCUUCAUGUAGAGCAGGGGAGUUAAACUGAACAAAAGGUGUCUGUCCGUGUUCAUAAACAUACAUCCACUGAAGAUGUCAUGCCUGAUGCUGCAGGCUCACCAUCAAGAAUUUCAUACUUUGAUUACAAAGUCUCACAUGUUUCAAUACCAACUUGAAUUUUUUAAAGGUAACAUAGUUCUCUAAGUCUUAUUGAGCACCUCACGACGACAGAGUUCAGUUCAGAGGAGAUGGGUUCAGUUUGACUCCUCUGACCAAAAUGAAACCCAGCAAGAGUCUUAAUUUCCAAGAAUUGCCACCAGGCUUUAAUGUGACUGCAUUGUGAUUACAUGACUUUUUACUUGAACCUGUUGUUUUUACUUGUGUUGAUGUCCUUUUUUGCUAAUUAUGCAAUGCCUCUGCCCAGCUUACCCCGGGGCUUCGUCAUGCAACUCUUUCUACAGUAUGAAGAUAACACUUAAUUUCUUUUUAUUAUUUUUGUAAAAACAAAUUGUUGGCCUCAAAGUAUAAAUUGAAAAAUAAAACAUCUUCUGCAAGA